AUGCAGAGUGGGGCGGGCAAGGGCUUGGAUUACAGCUCCACGCUCAAAGUGGUUCAGUGGUUUAUGCGUAUUUAUAAGAAGAGAGUAAAAGCUUGCGGGGGGAAAUCAUGGAAGAAAGAGAGAAAAAAUGCUGCUUUUGGAAGUGAGAGGGCGAGGAUAAAGGAGUUUAGAAACAUGGACUCCGAAUCACUGGACAGGUGCAUACAGAGUACCUUAUCCGUGCUCUACCCUCCGUUUGAGGCCACAGCAGCCACGGUUCUGUGCCAGGUUUUUGACGUGGUGGAGAAGACAUACCGCGGGGAUGGACUGCGCUACCUCAUAGAUUUCCUGAUCCCAGCAAAGCACAUCUUGCAGUGCAUUCAGCAGGAUGCCUGUGUUCAGUACAGUGGAUUGCUGUUCCACCAUGAAGGUUGGCCUCUCUGUGUCCAUGAGAAGAUUGUAGUCCAGCUGGCCUCCAUAGACUGGCGAGCCUUAAAGCCUGGUGACUUCUACCUGCAGGUGGUGCCCUACCUAAAGAAGUCGCCACGAAUAGUACUGAAAUGUCUGGCAAACGACAAACAUAAUGUCGAGGAAGUUGUGGUCCCAGAGGUCUCCUACACCUCUAUUUUUUCCGUGGAAUGGUUGGAGUCCAUCAAUGGAGAGCGGAUGGGUACAGCACUGGAAAAUUGUUUACUAGCCUCUGAUGAUAAAAUAUUCCGGGUUCCCUGGGAUAAAGUCGUCAAUCCUGAAUUUAUUGAUAAACCAAAAAUAAUUGAAAAUAAUAUCACAGCUCUCAAAAUGGCUAAAGAAUCUUCAAAUUUGUGCUUCCCAGUGGAGCAUCCCAAAUGCAACUCGCCUGCUCCUGGACGUCAAGCUUUGCAGGAGCAAGAAGUGAUGCAGGACAAUUUGGUCAUUAGCAGGACUGCUCAGGAGUCCGCUGACACCGUUGCCAAUGGUGUGAGUCCUGUGCCCCUGGAGGACUCUGAAAGCGACCCUGAAGGAGAGUACGUAGAGCUCACGGAAGUUUCAUUUCCAAGCUUUGGGCCACAAGUGGGCUCCUUAACCCAAUCGAUCGCCUUAAAUUCUAGAACUCAGCCCAGACGAAGAGUGAAUGUCUCUAAAGACAAACACAGGCGUAUUGUCCUUCGGGACAGUAGCACGUACUCCAAGAACUUGGUUUGUUCAGCACUUACACAAAAGCAGCACGGUCAGACGGACACACCGAGGGCCUCUUAUUCCGGGGCUCAUGAAAAUGGAAUUCAUUUGGAAAACAACAAAACGAUGCAACAUGGUGAAGUGUUACCAAAAAGUCAGCUGGAAUCAAAUGAUCCUGGCAGUGUGGGGAAUUCAGACUCCAGUUUUCACCUAGCUGCAUCUCCAGCCAGCAGUGCGGAGAGUUCAUCCUCCGUGGGGCAAGGGGCACACAGUGAGCACACGAUAGACUGGAGAUAUGCAAUGUGCAGUUACAAUGAUGUUUGUGCUGGAGACAGUGCUGAAUGCAAGGAACAAUUAAUAGAGACUCCUGGAAAAACGGAAGCUGAAAGCGAUGUCCGUGGGGCAGAAACUGGCAAAGACACCACAGAGCCGAGCCCAGAAGCACUUCCAUUUAAUGCUGCUGCUAGGGAGGGAAUGCAAAACCAAUUGAGAGCCCAUGAGCUCAGUGACAGCACCCAGGUGUAUUUUGCUCCUGUUUCUGUCACAGGACAUUCCACAGCACACUGCAGACUUGAGGAAGACUCUGGCCUUCAGAUUACAUCUGAAUCCUCAGGUCUGACAGAACAAUGCUUCCAUUCAUCAGUGGAUGUGCCAGAUAGAAUUGUAGAACACAAUCAUUGCAGUAAUCCGCUAGCAGAACAUAGUCCUCCGUUAAGUCAGCCCGCAAAGUUGAACCGAGGACAAGCAGACCAGUUAGGAGAGUUAAGCAGUGGAGUUGGUGUUGAGGAAGUCUGCAAAGAGACUGAUGAACCAACAUUCACUGAGAACGAGAAGCAGACUAGCCAUAGAUACUCCUCUGCUGUUGACAGGGGGAUGGAUGGAUACUUGCCACAGGACAAAGGACAGGAGGUCAUGGGCUGUACACAACAGAAAGUAGAAGAAGCCAAACUACUCCAAACCUCUGGGCUAAUAGAGAUCAGACAGACAGCAAACCGGCUAGAUAACAAUGGCACAAUGGUAGGUGUACAUACAGAGAGCUCCUGCCAAAUUGAAACCAAAAGGGAUGGAGAGAAAUGUGAGGAGAAACAAAGCUGUGUGGAAAUCCAGUGUCACAAAAGUGUAGCGAACUCUGUGCUAUUGCAAACCCCAAGGGAAGGGGUUGGCCUGGAACGUGUGGCAGGACGGGAUUUGCAAGGGGGGCCGGAGAACAAACAAGCUGCUCCUGAACAAGAGGGGUCAUGCAGAAGGACCAUCCCAAAGGCUGGGAAUGAGUCGGCAGCCUUGGAAACUCUAGACAUGCUGAAACCCAAAGCAGAGGAACUGGAGGCCACACUGCCAUCUUCUCCACCUACUGAUGGGGAUAACACUAAGAGGCCAAUGCAGCUGGCUGAAUGGAGCAGCAAUACAAAACCCACCCCUUCCAAGCAGGAAGCAGCUUCUCAGGAUUCACCUUCUAAAGGAACACGGCUGAAAGGGGGAGAAAAGAUAAAAGAAGAAAUGUGCACAGAUUCGUGGGAGCCAGUGGGUCGAGUCUGUUCCCCGGAGGAAGGCUCAGCAGCGGUUAUUCACCAGGAACCCCCAUCUUAUUUGGUACCCAGAAGUUUUCAAACUGCACCCGUCACAGCGAAGGACGUGAACCUCGACGUGCUCAUGAGUGGAGUUGCCUGUCUGCCAGGCACCAGAGACAAAUGUGGACGUGCAGUGGCCAUAAUCACCACAAGGAACACGAUUUGGCUAAACCCCCACUGCAACACCACCGAGCUGGUGCGCCUCCUCCUGUACUUACACAGCAUCCCAAGAGCAGAGUGCCGAGCUUUGGGCCUAACCAUUCUGGUAGAUGCUCGUCGCUGUUCACCGGUUCCUGCCCUUUUUAAGGCUUUCAGCUUACUCCAGGACAUGGUUCCUCAUUGUAUUCACGGAGUUCUGCUGCUUGUUGAAAGAGAUCUCACUUUUCGGAUGGAGAAGCCAACAGCGGUGCAGAUUGAACUUCUGCCCUCAAUGAAGUCCCUCCACAAGCACAUAGACAGCACACAGCUGCCACUGGAGUUGGAUGGAGCCUUCCCUUACUGCCAUCGGGACUGGUUAAGCUUUCGCAUGAAACUGGAGCAUUUGCUACAAGGAUGUCAAGGUGCUUGUGCUUUCCUGCAGGGGGCCAUUCAGAGGGUGGAGGCCUGUAGAUUACCAGAAAGAGCUGAGGAGGCCGGUGUUUUGUUGAGGAAUUAUAGGCAAUUAAUGAAGAACGUCCUUGAUGACACGCGGCUGGUUAAACUGCAGCUGGAGGGUGGAGCUCUUCUGGCUAGACUGAGGAAGGAGGAGUCCUGUGUUAUUGUCACUGAGGACUACAGAGACGCUCUGGAUGCUGCUAGCACACUUUAUAACCGAGUGGAUGAGGGUGUCCACCUACUGGUGAUGAUGUCAAACAAACGCAUCCAGGAGCUGGAGCUAGUGAUGGAAUUCGAGGCUUUUGAAGAAGGUUUUAGGGAGGUCAGCACUUGGAUCGAGAACGUUGGCGGGAAGCAGCUAAAGGAAAUGAUUGACCUGGACGAUUCUUUGGAGCUGCUGCUUCGAGCACAAAAGCAGUUCAGGGAAUUUGACCUUGUUGCCAGUGAAUAUUGUAGAAGGGGACAGGAAGUGUUAAAGAAGCUGGACAGGUGGGAAGAUUUUUCCUCUGCAGACGUGCGUGUUUAUGGACUCAAGCUGCAAACAUCUAGAAAUCAGCUGGAGGAGUUCUGCACCCGACUGGAUGACACCAGGAGUCGGAUUGGAGGGACAGUCAGGCUGUACGAAUUCUUCGACAAGCAAACAGACACUGAAAAUGCUCUUGCGUACGAGUGGGCGCUGGAGGGGAUGCGACACCUAGCCUGCAUCAGCAUGGAGGACUGCAGCUCCCCAGAGCACUGUGCGGCAGUGAUCAAGUGUUUGGAAAGCUACAAGGGACAGCACCCGGAAAUCAGCGAUGCCAAAUUCCAGGAGAUGAAAGAGCUGGCCUGUGAGCUGAAGAGCGACAAAGGGCUGAAGCAGUGGAAAUUUGCAUGGUCCAAGUGCCAGGAGACAAAACUGGUCUUUGAGAAGAAGCUAGAAGCUGCCCUGAGAACACGAAGGUCUCUGCUCUCUGAGCGGAAGCCAGGUGAGGGGGAGCACUCCAGCUGUGGUGGUGAGAGCAGCCGGCUGUCCCACAGGAGGCACUCGGAGGGAGCCAUCCCUGGGCUGCUUUCAGACAGGAGUCCCAGCGUGUCCCAUUUCUACAGCAGGCCAAACCGUUCUCCUGGGUGGACCAGGGAAAAAGCUCUCUCACCGUCCCUGAGCGGCUCCGGGGAUGUCAGUGCUGGGGAAGAACUGACCUCCCAAGCUGCUCCCAGCAGGAGUCCCCACUUGAGCAGGGUUUCUCUUGGUACAGUGGCCUGCGAGGCUCCAUGCGACAUGCCCGAGGACAAGCCAAACCUGGAGAGUAUUUUAGAAAUUCUUGAGGCGAAUUCAUCCUGCUCCACCGCGUCCGCCUCCAGGAAGCCACCAUCCAAGAGGACGCUGAAAAAGGCCCAAAGCUUUGAUCUUCCCUGCAGCGAGAGUCUGCGGUCCAGCUGCCAGAGGACUCUGAGCGAGCCGGCCAGGUACGGCAACACGGGAGUCUUCAUUAAGGGGCUGGAAGUGAGCAGCACGGAGCUCGCGGACAGGACUCACGCCGCAUGGCAGCAAGCCGCUCACAGCUGGGCUGCACACUGCCUGCCCGAGGAGCAGAGGAGCUACGGCUCCACGCCAGAGGCCAAGAGCCGGGGCAGCAAACUGCGGCACAUCAUCGACGAGAUGGUGACCACGGAGCGGGAGUACGUGCGGUCUCUGUGCUACAUCAUCGAGAGCUACUUCCCCGAGAUGGAGCGCCUGGACCUGCCCCAGGACCUGAGAGGGAAGCGCAGUGUCAUUUUCGGGAACCUGGAGAAGCUCUACGACUUUCACAGCCAGUACUUCCUGCGGGAGCUGGAGAGCUGCUGUAACCAUCCGCUGCGCGUCAGCCACGGCUUCCUCAGACACAAGGAUCAGUUUGGGAUGUAUGCGUUAUACAGCAAAAACAAACCCAAAUCCGACUCGCUGCUGGCCAGCCAUGGGAACACGUUCUUUAAGUUCAAGCAGGUGCAACUGGGGGAUAAAAUGGAUCUCGCCUCCUACCUGCUGAAACCCAUCCAGCGCAUGAGUAAAUACGCCCUGCUGCUGAAGGACCUGAUCAAGGAGUGCAGCGAGGCCCAGGAGCAGGAGCUGGGCUACCUCCGAGCAGCAGAGGAGAUGGUGAAAUUCCAGCUUCGGCACGGCAACGACCUGCUAGCCAUGGACGCCAUCCGAGAUUGUGAUGUGAACCUCAAGGAGCAGGGGCAGCUGAUGCGGCAGGACGAGUUCACCAUCUGGCUGGGCCGCAAGAAGUGCCAGAGACACGUCUUCCUGUUCGAGGACCUGAUUCUCUUCAGCAAGCCCAAGCGGAUCGAGGGCGGCUUCGACGUGUACAUCUACAAGCGCUCGUUCAAGACGGCUGACAUCGGCCUGACGGAGAGCACCGGGGACAGCGGCCUGCGCUUUGAGAUCUGGUUCCGGCGGCGGAAGUCCAGCGACACGUACGUCCUCCAGGCCAGCAUAGCGGAGACCAAGCAAGUCUGGACCAAGGACAUUGCCAAGAUCCUGUGGCAGCAGGCCACCCGCAACAAAGAAAUCCGCAGGCAGGAGAUGGUGUCCAUGGGGGUAGGGAACAAGCCGUUUCUCGACAUCACGCCCAGCGAGGCAGCUAUCAACGACCGCGCCAUCGAUUACAUCAUGAAGGGCAGAGGAGCUCGGACGAGGGCCUCCAUCGCAGUGUCUCUGUUUGACCACUCCAACCCCUACAAGAGAACCCAGACGCCGCUCUCCGCUGGCAGCACCCCUUCCUCCUACAGCCCGUCCUCCUCCUCCCUGCUCGGGCCCCUCAACCUGCACAUGUACCUGGAGCAGGCCCUGCUGCCGGGCGUGCUGGCCCCCAGCCGCCCCUUCCACGCCGGCGCCUGCAUCGAGGAGGAUGAGCAGGAGCACGAGACCAGCAGCCAGCCUUCGCUGACGACGGAGAGCUCCGAGUCCUCCCAGUGCAUGUCGGGCAGCGGCUCCAGUGGCUCCGACAGCGGCUGUGUCUCCAGCGUCCCCCAGGAAAGCUUCUGUGACGACGUGGGCUCGCCGGUGUACCCGCCGCUGGGCUCCCGGCACAGCUCCGCGCUGGACGAGAACCCCAAAUUCGCUAAAAGCCAGUCCAGGUCUGCGACAGCAGGCCCGGUCGCCAUGAGCCCCUCGACAGUCGUGUGA